AUGGGUUUGACGGCGGACCUAUGCCCAACUAACGACUCAAGAUUGGUGCAGUGGUGGACAGAAGCUAGAAAACGAAUAGAUAAGCAAUCUCGGAAAGGUUUUGACACUUUCGUGAUGCUAAUCUGUUGGACGCUAUGGAAGCAAAGGAACACGAGGGUAUUCGGCACGGGAACGAUCAAGAACGAGUGGGAUACGGUGGACAUGAUCUUUGAUGAUCUGAGGACCUGUUCCAAAGCAGGAGCGUUUGGAGGACAACUAGUAUUAGAGUAG